AUGAAAUAUAUUCAGAAGAGAGCAAUGAAUGACUCGAGCCCACAUCUUAAAGGCCUAUUUAACGGAAGGGUUGGUCAGCAAGAGGCUAAGGUCCAGAGAGGAAUAGUGCGGUUUACGGUUUCCCAAGUCUAUCUCGCAACUCACAUCGAGAAUUUAUCUCUGGGAACUAUUCCGGCUUCGAUUUGCCAUCCUCCGGCCAAUUCUACAGUGAAAUUCUUUCGCCUUAUCUUCAAGGAAGGAGGAUCCUCAACUGGGAUGCCUUCCUUAGAUGAAGUCUCUCAAGCCGUAGCACCAUUGCCAAUGGCCUGCUUUCUCGGCUUGCUAGCUGAGUUUAAGAAAUUGAUCUUCGAAUAUCUUGAUAAGAAGGGCCUAACUGGAUUAUCCAAAACAUGUUCGCCACUCUGGAGACUGCAUAUUCUAUGGCAUACACGAGCGCCGCCCUUCGCAUUAAGCCAGCAAACCAUCCAGCUGGACUGGCCUUGCAGCCAUAAUUGGGUCCAAUUUAUUCGUCACCUUGAGAUGCAGAGUUUCUAUGGACAUAGCCACACGCCGGGCAAUGUAGAGGACUUAGCUAUAGUUAGCAUGCUCGAGUUCUUCCUCAACACAACCUCAUCUCUUUCUGGUAUGGUCGAAGUCUCUGAAUUCCUUGAGCGUCCGCGCCAUCCUAGUGGCCCAAAAUUCCCUUCAUCCAUCAUAAAUUCACUCCAUGAGCUGGCGAUUCUGUGCAAAGUUUUCCAGUCAGGCAUAGAGAGCUACAAACUAGUCGAUUCCAGCCUGAUAGGACUCGCGCCGGCGCUUUUCCCGCCUCAAGACGAUCGAGAUAACAAAUUGCUGCGACAUAUAUUUUUUCUUGACCCUUUUCCCUUCGCCAGCGUUUCCGAAUUUGAUGGCUUUCAUGAUAAAUAUGACGCAGCAUACAGGUUGAUUCUCAUCCCUUUCCAAAGCUCAAUUAACAUUGCAACGAGAUACCGAAGGACAAUACCCACAUCCCAGCUAGAUGCAAUCAUUCUUAUCGCAAUGCAACCGCAUUCGACAUCUGGCUCUAUGUUUUCCUGCACCUAUUUUGGUCAUUUCAUUUAUAGGAAUCCCUUGAAGGGUCUGAAAGAAUGCACAAUAUUCCAGCUUCGAAAAAUAUACUCCAAACUCUGCCCUACCGGUGCCAGCCUUCCUCCUGACUUCGCCAACAUCUUCGAGGAGGAUAUAGGGCGUUUACUCUUCACAAUCACAACACAAAAGUCCCAUCCACUAAUGACGUUCAGAUAUUGGAAUAUGUUUCCUUUAUUCAUUCCACGAAUCGUACUCAACUCAACAGUAAUCGUGAAAGAGCAGGUGUCAGAGAGUUAUGCCGGGGAUGGUUAUUAUUUUUGUAAACCGGAGGGCUCUAUGAUGGCUACCCAAUCAACCUCGGGCUUGGCCUUCUCGGGCCCUCAAGUCACAAUAUAUAACUUCUUUCAUAACUCAUGCCCCCUUCAAGGCUUCAAUUUUCUAAGCUCCCUUCUUGAGGGUGCCAUGAUGCCCAGAACUAAGGUGAAGAAUUCCGAAGGCAACUGGUUAUCUGAAUAUGAGUAUCGUGUGUCAAACUCUCUCAACAUUCCAUCUCCUAUCCAUUCCUAUUUACAAUUCACUCCAUACCCCGCAAAUCCCGUCCAAGCAGCGUUGGCUCCUGAAGGCCCUUUUCUAGACCUUCACAGGGAGCAGAAUAUUAAGAUGCCCUCUAAGGUCCUAGUAUCUGCCCCUGCCUCUUGUUGCAUGUACUCCACGCAUACCAGCUGCCGUUCAUAUCUAGCUUCUAGCUUCUGCACAACACUCCCACACACAUCCUCCACCCAUCCAAACCCUAACCAAUCCCCAGCACCCACCCACAAAUCCUACCCAUCUACUUACCUUCCUUCCGAACAAUCCGGCCAUCACGCCUUCGAUCCUUCACUCUUGCAAUUCGGCACCCUUCUAAAUCACCGCCCUACUCAAUUCCAUUUUUCUACAGCACCGUUAGAUGGUCGUAAUCAUUAUUUAUGUAAGCAGUUCCUGCGCUGUGCUACGUUACCAAUGGGAAGGGGGAGCGAUGACGUAGGGAUAUGCACGUAUACAACCGCCCGAGCCCCUUGGUCGAUGAAUGAGAUUGCCCCAAAUGAUAGAAAUAUGGACAAUGUCACAAUGCUCAUGUCUCUAUUCCAGAUUCCACUAUCUGAAGACGGCGGGAUUACCGUAUGGCAUGAGGCACUGACUGAGAGAUCAAUCGCGAUGCCUCCAGCAUGA